GGCGCCAGUUAUUCGUCAGCUGCCGCGCGCCGAGUGUACUUGCAAAAUAAUAAAAAAGACGUGGGCCACAAAACAGGAGUUCGAAGCUCGAAUGACAAAAGCAAGGUUGGCGGUAAACCGACAAACAAAGAAAGCGUGCGUGCCCAAGAAACGAACGAACAAAGAGAAAACAAGUAUAAUUUUGUUUAUACCGGAAGUGGCUGUUGGAAGUGUGCUUGGCAAAAACCGUUACUGUUCGGGAAAAAUCAAAAUUGCGAGUCAAAUGCAAUACGUCGUCUAUAAAUAAAUGUUGAACAAAAAUGCCUGCGGCGGUUAUUUCACCGGGUGACAGUCACGAGAAGGAAAAUCAUUACGAUGAAAUUGACAAUGUACUGAGUACGAAUAUGAAAAAAAAAGCCUUAUUGAACGGUAAGAAUAGCAACGAAAUUAAUCAGUCAAUCAACAUAAGUUCAGAAUCCACGCUUCGAACAGGCAAUGUCGAGGAAACCGAAGACCCGGACGUUCCCAGAGCUGCCGAAUGCGGCUCGUUUGAUUCGUCAGAAGAAAAAGCCCUUCCAAAGCCUCGUGGCCUGCGUCAAGGUAGUAGUGAAACUAAAACCCGGAGCUUUCGUUCUAGAAAACCCUUUCUAAACAGUGAGCGUUCAAUAGUGGGAAUGUUUGCUGCACAAGAAGCAAAAAGGAAAAAUGGCGAGUCCAAAAAAGAAGGUGAACAAAACUUGCUGAUGUCAGAUAUCAAAGAUCCACCAGCCGUUGAACAAGAAACCAUUAUCAAAGAGGAAAAACCUAACACAAACAGUACAGAUAAUGAAGCAGAUGACGAAAUUGAGUUUCCUGUUGAAAAAAAAAUCAAAACUGAGGCAGAUGCAAAAGAUGCAAAAGCCACGAAGAGUCAAGUCAAAAAGGCUCCCGAAGCCCAGUCGAGAUGUCAAAUUUGUAGGCAGAAAUUGGCAGAAAAUGAAAUACAAUUAUAUCCAGGGCAUCCCAAUGGAGCUAUGGAAGAGUUUGUCUCUCUCACUGAUCCCCGAUUAUCUCUGUUUACUGGCAAUGAAGAAGCUAUUUUUGAGAGCGAUGAGAGGCCUCAAAACAAGUUGACACAUUUCAGUGUAUAUGACAAAAACGGUCACUUGUGUCCUUUCGAUACUGGCCUCAUAGAGAAGAAUGUACUGCUUUAUUUCUCGGGUUACAUGAAAGCAAUUUAUGAAGAAGAUCCGAGUCCAGAGGGUGGUGUACCAACAAAAGAUAUGGGGCCGAUAAAUGAGUGGUGGGUUUCUGGUUUUGACGGUGGUGAGCUCGCUCUAAUUGGCUUCAACACAGCUUUCGGGGAAUAUAUUUUGAUGGAACCGUCUGAAGCCUACGAACCUUUCAUGGCUGCUGUCAGAGAGAAAAUUCAUAUGAGCAAAAUGGUGAUCGAAUUCCUACUAGACGAGGUAGAUCCGACUUACGAGGAUCUCGUGAACAAAUUACAGACGGUCGUACCUCUUAAAGGUUUGGCUCCGUUCACCGAAGAUUCGUUGCUCCGACACUCUCAGUUUAUUUGUGAUCAAGUUCUCUCGUUCGACCAAUCAGCCAAUCCCGAAGAUCCUCUGUUAAUCACAAGUCCGUGUAUGCGAGCUCUCGUCAAUCUCGCUGGAGUCACUCUUGGCAAAAGAUUGGCUAGUCGUAGAACCGAACGCCUUCAACAAAAGGCGAAAAAACCAUCAUGGACUAAAGCCACUACCACUCAAUUGGUCAAUAACAUGUUUGAGACUUUCUUCACUGAACAAUUGGCUGAAGAUAAGGUCAAAGAAUCAGGGGGUCCAAGAAGAAGAAGGUGCGGAGUUUGCGAAGCCUGUCAACAAUCUGACUGCGGUGCAUGUGCAGCUUGCAAAGACAUGACAAAGUUUGGUGGCACAGGAAGAAGCAAACAAUCUUGUGUACAACGUCGAUGUCCAAACAUGGCACUUCAAGAGGCAGACGACUCUGACGUAGAGGACGAGGAAGAGUAUCGAGCUUUAACGCAAAACAUUCGUGAAAAUACGCAUGACAAAAUCAUAAAAUCGCUAAAGUGCUUAAAGAAGCAAGUCGAAUGGCAAGGUUCAGAAAUAUUCGACGAUGGUCGUAGGAAGUUUUACUUCUCAGCUACCGUUGGAACUGAAACAAUUUCCACGAACGACUGCGUUAUGAUCGAAUCCAGUGAUCCAACGAUUCCGUUACAAAUCGCUAAAGUAAUGUACAUGUGGCAAAACAAAAAUGGCCUAAGAUUGUUCCACGCAAAUUGGUAUCGUCGGGGCAGCGACACAAUUCUCGGUGAAACCUCCGAUCCGAUGGAAUUAUUUUUGAUCGACGAAUGCGACGACGUUCCUCUCAUUUCGAUUUCGUCAAAGUGCAAAGUUAUCAGGCAUGAUAUUCCUGAAAAUUGGGCUGAGUUAGGCAAUACUGAAUACAGCAUGGAGAACGAGAUUAAAGAUCAAGACGGAAAAACUUUCUUUUAUCAGAAACGUUACACGGCCGAGACUGCGAGAUUCGAAGAUCCCCUUCCCGAUCCAGAGUGUCCUCGAGCCGAAAUCAGUCACAGAUUUUGUCCCGCCUGUGCUCGGUUUGGAGCUUUGCAACAGCAAUACACACCCAAAGUAUUCGAAAGAGGUGAAGAGAAAAACAGUCGCGAAGUUGAAUACGGUCUUGUUCAGUACAAAGGGAAUGAUUUCCGGGUCGGAAAUGCCGUCUAUCUGGUACCAGGAUCCUUCAAGUUCAAAUACACUUCGGGUUUGGUCGAUCCUCCGAAACCUAAAAAAGAUCAAGUCGACGAAGACAUGUAUCCGGAGUUUUAUCGAAAAUCUUCGGACCAUGUCAAAGGCUCCAAUUACGAUACACCCGAGCCAUUCAACAUUGGUUAUAUAAAUGCUAUUUAUGCGACUACAACUGACAAGCUCGUAUCGUCUAAUGACAUUUGGAUUAAAGUUACCAAAUUAUACAGACCCGAAAAUACUCACAAAGGCGCGUCGCUGGUCCAACAAGUUGACCUCAAUUUGCUUUAUUGGAGCGACGAAGUUUGCAACGUGCGUUUUCUCGACGUUGUUGGCAAGUGUUAUCUGAUGUAUUCCGAAAAUUUGAAUAUUUCAAUCGACGAAUGGACCGGACGAGGUCCUCAUCGUUUCUAUUUCACACAAAGUUAUAACGUUUCGGACAAAACUUUCGACGAGCCUCCAUCAAAAGCAAUGGCGAUAGGACAACUCGGAAAAGGUAAAACCAAGGCAAAAGGCAAAGGAAAAAUCAAAGGCAAAACUACGGAAGAAAGCGAAAUGAGAAAAUUGAUCAAUAAGCCUGUGGACGAUCCGCCUGUGCUUAAAAAAUUACGGACUCUUGAUGUAUUUGCCGGUUGUGGAGGACUAUCGGAAGGUUUGCACGAAGCUGGUAUCAUAGAAAGUCGAUGGGCUAUCGAGAAGGAAGAACCUGCUGCUUGGGCUUACAGGCUAAACUAUCCCAAAGCCACGGUGUUUUCGGAGGAUUGUAAUGUUUUACUACGAAAAGUGAUGGAUGGAGAGAAACGAGAUGACACUGGCCAGAAAUUACCACAAAAAGGCGAUGUCGAAUUGAUGUGCGGUGGCCCACCUUGCCAAGGUUUCAGUGGCAUGAAUCGUUUCAAUUCUCGACAAUAUUCGUUGUUCAAGAACUCGUUGGUCGUAUCGUAUUUGGCUUAUUGCGAUUACUACAGACCGAAACUUUUUCUCAUGGAAAAUGUACGAAAUUUUGUUUCCUUCAAACGGUCGAUGGUUUUGAAAUUGACUCUGCGUUGUUUAGUGAAAAUGGGCUAUCAAUGUACGUUCGGAAUUCUUCAAGCAGGAAAUUAUGGAAUUCCUCAAACUCGUAGAAGAAUGAUUAUUUUCGCUGCAGCACCGGGUGAAAAAUUGCCAAUGUAUCCGGAACCGACCCACGUUUUUAGCAAACGGGCUUGCCAACUGAGCGUUCUUGUCGACGAUAAAAAAUAUCAAUCGAACUGCGAGUGGCACGAAUCCGCCCCUUACAGAACGAUCAACGUUCGAGACGCAAUGUCCGAUUUACCGAGCGUGAGAAAUGGGUGCAGCAUCGACGAAAUGUCUUACGGUGGCGAGGCGGUUUCACAUUUCCAAAGAAAGAUUCGAGGAAAUCAAAAUCAGACGAGAUUACGCGAUCACAUAUGCAAAGAAAUGGCACCGUUGGUUGAGGCAAGAAUGGCACACAUACCGACGGCGAGUGGCUCCGAUUGGCGAGAUUUGCCGAACAUUGUUGUGCGAUUAAGUGACGGGACAUACUCAAAGAAAUUGGAGUACACGCACCACGACAAAAAAGCAGGAAAAAGCAGUACCGGAGCUUAUCGAGGAGUUUGCUCUUGUUGCGCCGGGAAAUCGUGCGAUCCUAUCGAUCGACAAUUCAACACUUUGAUUCCUUGGUGUCUUCCCCAUACGGGUAACCGUCACAACCAUUGGGCAGGAUUGUACGGGCGAUUGGAAUGGGACGGAUUUUUCGGGACUACGAUCACAAAUCCUGAACCUAUGGGCAAACAGGGUCGAGUGUUACACCCCGAGCAAACUCGUCUCGUGAGCGUCCGUGAGUGUGCCCGGUCCCAAGGAUUUCCGGAUUCCUAUCGUUUUUAUGGAACCGUACUUGACAAGCAUCGCCAAGUCGGAAACGCUGUACCGCCGCCCCUCGGAGCUGCGAUUGGUCGUGAGAUAAGGAAAAGUUUAGCUCUGACUCAAAAAGAGGCUGAUCCGCUCGAACCAAAAACCGAAGUACCUUCCAAUCUCCCAGUCAUCGAUGUUGCGGCUGCGAGUUCGACGAAAAUAGAAUCUAUGGAUAUUUAAUCGCAAUGAGGGAAAUGUAAAACACCAUUGUGAUGUCAACUUAUUGACAGAAAUUUUUCUCUUCGAGUUUUUCCGAAAGGGAAAACUCUAAGAAACACUUUCUUCAUUUUGUACAUUAACAUUCCAGUAACUAUGUAAAAAAAGUGAAGCAUAACGAGGAAGACGAGGUUUUUGUUACGGUCCUUGGUGUCUGACGCGUUGUUUUCGUUCUUUUAUUCCGAUCUUACACUCGUCGAGACGACACUAUACAAAUAUUAUAUUUUUUUAUAUCGGUUGAUACUUUCGAUUGCGAAACAGAAGCUCAAUACAUAUUUUUCAAGACGUUCGAAAAAAUAACUAAGUAUAAAAUAAGAUUAUUGCAUUUGUUGUGAAAAAUUGUAAGAUUCGUUUCAAAAUAUACGUUUCAACAUGGAAAUAAA